UAGAUCCUACGUUACCAACACUAUUGGAUAAUCAAUAAUAUAAUCUGUUUUAAUAAAUCGGAUAUUGACUAUAUUGGUACAUGUCCUGGGUUUUAUUGUUGGACGUCAAGUGUCAUAGAAUGAUCGCUCAUUCAUGUAAUAUCUUAUUCACAGUCUCUUCCUAGUAAUCAUUCAGUAACUUUAGGCCGUCUCAUCAAUCUUGCUUUGCCGUGACUGUCAAAAUUUUAUAGCACCUCUUGACACCAGAAUCGUAAUUGAUUAGUUUUGCUAUCAUUAUAUAAAGAGAAUUGUCAUUCUAUCGAAGUGGUGUUUGACACGAAAUUUUCGCCGAGUAAAGAUCGUAUUUUUGUUGCCAAAUCAAAGGCUAAAAAGUGUUUAAACAGAGAUUUGGUAGCAAAUCACGAUAUGCUUUACGCUUGUUUGGUUGUGCUGUACUUCAUGCCCAGCGUCUAUGGUUGGUACAUGCCACAAACUCAUCCUCCCUACGACCCUAAGGAAGCGCGAAUGGUGAAAUGUCCUAAGUAUAAUCUGUCGAAACUCGGCUGUCACAAUGCACGCGAUCCUAGUAAACCCUAUCUACCCCGAGCUGUCCCCGAGCUGAUUCUAACAACGGACUCCAGCAGUGGGAAAUACGUCGGAUACCAGAGAGCAACGUUUCCUUCCUAUCAUGAUUUCUUAGCAAGGUUCAUUUGUGACUGCGCGGAAAAAAUCCGAGGCAAGGGCUUCACCCAUUUCAGUAUAUCCAACUACUUCCAGUGCUGGAGCGGCAAGAACGUGGGUAAAACCUACGACUUGUAUAAACCUGCUGAUGGUUGUGUACGUGGGGACAAAAGACACUGCGAUACAAAUAAUCUCGGGCUGUGUGCGGGCGCGGGAGGCUUACACUUCGUGUACACCCUGAAGUCACCCAACCCCACAGCACUUACAACCACUGCAAUAACGACAAGUAUUGUCACCCAAUCCACAACGACACUGGCCACUCCUUUCUCUGGUCUCUCGGUGAAAUGUGGUAACACCGUAUAUAAAUUACGCAAGCUGGGCUGUUGGAACGAGAAAGAUAAAACAAAGGCAUUUCCCGAGCUCAUGUUAACGGCUGUCGAUCAUUACAAUCAGCGGUUAUACGCUGGAUACUAUCUUGAUACCAAAGACUACGGAACAUUCCUAAAAAGGUUUGUAUGCGACUGCGCAUCAAAGACAUCGACUAAAGGUUACUCUAUCUUUGGUGUUCGCAAAUACGGAGAAUGUUGGAGCGGUCCUAAGGUCGCGUGCACGUAUCACCAACACGGCAAGGCUAACGAUUGCAUUAACCAAAAGAAAUGGAAGUGUUCUGACAGCAGUUCGAUGCUUUGUGCUUCCCCUAACUCCCAAUCAAUGUACGCCUUUGUUUUGGCUGACUCCAAGGACGAUACCCAAUGUGGUGAAAAGUCUACCACUGAAGCUCAGACUACACAAAAGGUGACCCCAAUUACCACACCUAAGACGACCCCCAAAGUAGUCCCAAGUUCCAGGACGACCCUACCAGCGACGACAGGCAAGCCUCAGGUGACAUGCGGGAAUUUGAAAUACAAAUUGGUAAAGUUAGGGUGUUGGAAUGAAUUAGGGGAUUUUACGCCGCCAAGAGCAAUGCCUGAGCUAUUACUUACAGCACGAGAUAAGAGCAGCAGAGUGUACGCAGGAUAUGAGUUUAACAGGCAUAACUACGCUGCUUUUCUGGAGAGGUUCAUCUGUGACUGCGUUAGCAAAAUAAAGGAGAAAGGUUAUUCAGUAUUUGGUCUGCAGUUUUACGGCGAGUGUUGGAGCGGCCCUACAGUUGGCUGUACUUAUCAGAAAUUUGGUGAAAUCAAUGGUUGUGUCAAUCAAAAUAUGGCGACAUGCUCCGACGACAGCACGAUGUUGUGCUCGGGAAACAAUGCAAAACAUACAUAUGUCUACGUUCUUGAUGAUCAUCAAGCCAUCUGUCCCACCAAUACUCCAAGUGAACCACAAUCAACCCCUAAAGUUGUCAGUACACCCAAAGUAACCCCCCGAAUCACACAUAAAAUUCCUAGUUCUCCACAGACAACCCCUAAAUUCCCAACUAGCCCCAAGGUGACAACUCCACUCCACAAAGGUCCGCCAGUAGUGAAAUGUGGAAAUGUUGAGUACAAACUCAAAAAGUUAGGAUGUUGGAAUGAGCUGGGCGAUUCUCAACCACCACGAGCUAUGCCAGAAUUAAUACUUACAUCGCGAGACAGACAAAGUAGAGCUUAUGUAGGAUAUGACUUCAACAGACACACUUAUGCCGCAUUUUUGGAAAGGUUUAUAUGUGACUGCGUCAAGAAGAUCAACCAAAAGGGGUAUUCUAUAUUUGGUCUUCAAUUCUAUGGCGAAUGUUGGAGCGGCCCGAAAGCUGGAUGUACUUAUCAGAAAUUUGGUCAAACCGAUGGAUGUGUCAAUCAAAAUAUGGCGACAUGCUCCGACGACAGCACGAUGCUGUGCUCGGGAGACAAUGCGAAACAUGCAUACGUUUAUGCUCCUGUUGAUACCCCCGAUGCGGCAUUAUGCCCGGGAGAACCCAAGACAACCCCUAAAGUCACGUUUAAGACAACACGAAAAAUCAUUACAAAACCCAAAACAACCCCUAAAGUCAUAACAACCCCAAGAACAACCCUUAGGACCACAACUCCAACGAAGAAGAUUACGACUCCCACCGAAAAGAUCACGACUCCUACCGAUAAGAUCACGACUCCGAAGACGACGCCGAUUCCUACUGGGCCAGCGAGAAUAAAAUGUGGGAAUAUCGAAUACAAGUUGACAAAACUGGGAUGUUGGAAAGAAUUUGGCCACGUCAGACCACCAAGAAUCUUACCAGAGCUCCUGCUUACUGCAAAAGAUAAGACAAGCAGUGUCUACGCUGGAUAUGAAUUUUACACACAGAAAUAUGAAGACUUCAUCAAAAGGUUUGUCUGUGAUUGUGUCUCCAAAGUGAAACGAAAAGGUUACUCAGUGUUUGGCGUCCAGUACUAUGGAGAGUGUUGGAGUGGUCUUAGAGCUGCUUGCUCCUACAAAACGUUUGGAAAAUCCUACAAAUGCGUGAAUGAAAAACUUGGAAAAUGCUUGGACAAGAGUUCGAGGUUAUGUUCAGGAGAAAACAGGGAGGAUACUUAUGUAUAUAUCCCUGCUGAUACACCUGGUGGCCUCACGUGUCCCACAACACUCCCUACAACACCAAAGACAACCCCUAAGAUCACGACACUUACCAAGAAGAUCACGACACCAACGAAAAAUAUUACGACUCCCACCGAUAAGAUCACGACUCCUACCGAUAAGAUCACGACUCCGAAGACGACGCCGAUUCCUACUGGGCCAGCGAGAAUAAAAUGCAAGAAUAUCGAAUACAAGUUGAUAAAACUGGGAUGUUGGAAAGAAUUUGGCCACGUCAGACCACCAAGAAUCUUACCAGAGCUCCUGCUUACGGCAAAAGAUAAAACAAGCAGUGUCUAUGCUGGAUAUGAAUUUUACACACAGAAAUACGAAGACUUCAUCAAAAGGUUUCUCUGUGAUUGUGUCUCCAAAGUCAAACGAAAAGGUUACUCAGUGUUUGGCGUCCAGUACUACGGAGAGUGUUGGAGUGGUCCUAGAGCUGCUUGCUCCUACAAAACGUUUGGAAAAUCCUACAAAUGCGUGAAUGAAAAACUUGGAAAAUGCUUGGACAAGAGUUCGAGGUUAUGUUCAGGAGAAAACAGGGAGGAUACUUAUGUAUAUAUCCCUGCUGAUACACCUGGUGGCCUCACGUGUCCCACAACAAUCCCGACAACACCAACGACAACCCCUAAGAUCACGACACCUACCAAGAAGAUCACGACACCAACGAAGAAGAUUACGACUCCCACCGAUAAGAUCACGACUCCGAAGACGACGCCGAUACCUACUGGGCCAGCGAGAAUAAAAUGUAAGAAUAUCGAAUACAAGUUGACAAAACUGGGAUGUUGGAAAGAAUUUGGCCACGUCAGACCACCAAGAAUCUUACCAGAGCUCCUGCUUACGGCAAAAGAUAAGACAAGCAGUGUCUAUGCUGGAUAUGAAUUUUACACACAGAAAUAUGAAGACUUCAUCAAAAGGUUUGUCUGUGAUUGUGUCUCCAAAGUGAAACGGAAAGGUUACUCAGUGUUUGGCGUCCAGUACUACGGAGAGUGUUGGAGUGGUCCCAGAGCUGCUUGCUCCUACAAAACGUUUGGAAAAUCCUACAACUGCGUGAAUGAAAAACUUGGAAAAUGCUUGGACAAGAGUUCGAGGUUAUGUUCUGGACAAAACGAGGAGGAUAUUUAUGUAUAUAUCCCUGCUGAUACACCUGGUGGCCUCAUGUGUCCCACAACACUCCCAACAACACCAACGACAACCCCUAAGAUCACGACACCUACCAAGAAGAUCACGACACCAACGAAGAAGAUUACGACUCCCACCGAUAAGAUUACGACGCCGACUCCCACAGGUCCACCAAUAAUAAAAUGUGGCAGCGUUCAAUACAAGCUGACCAAGUUGGGAUGUUGGAAAGACCUGGGUGAUAUCAACCCACCUAGGGCAAUGCCUGAGUUACUGUUGACGGCCAGAGAUAAAUGGAGCAGUGUUUACGCAGGUUAUGAUUACCACAAAAUGGGCUAUGAUAUAUUUAUCAAAAAGUUCAUAUGCGACUGUGUUAAAAAAGUCCAGAAAAAAUCCUAUUCAGUUUUUGGUCUUCAAUUUUACGGUGAGUGUUGGAGUGGACCCAAAGUUGGUUGUACUUUCAAGAAAUUUGGUCGAGCAAAUGAAUGCGUGAAUGAGAAAUUGGGGCAGUGCUCAGAUACCACGUCUCGUUUCUGUGCUGGCCACAGCAGUCAAGAGAUGUACGUCUAUGUACCCUAUUAUCCACCUCCAUCCGAGUUAUGUCCAUCAACUACUCCUACAUCCAUCACUACUGUCUCCACCCCAGUUCCCCCCGGACCUCCGAGAUUAAAGUGCGGAAAUGUUGAAUAUAAGUUGACCAAGUUGGGUUGUUGGAAAGAGUUGGGAGAUACAAUGCCACCCAGAGCAAUAAACGAGCUACUUCUCACUGCCAGAGAUAAAAAGAGCAGUGUGUAUGCUGGAUAUGAUUUUGAUAAACAGAACUUUGAAGAUUUUAUUCAAAAGUUUGCGUGUGAUUGCGUAAAAGAAGUUAAACAGAAAGGCUAUUCGGUGUUUGGACUUCAAUUUUACGGCGAAUGUUGGAGCGGUGAUCGAGUCGCGUGUACUUACAAGAAAUUUGGUCAAUCCAACGGCUGCAUUAACGAGAAACUCAACCAGUGUUCAGACAAAAGUUCUCAGAUAUGUUCUGGACACAGCAGUCAAGAGAUAUACGUCUAUGUCCCCUCUAAUCUGCCUGCUACAUGUCCUACGACAUCACCUAUUACCACAACAUCAACAGCUUCAGUUACCUUGCCAUCGCCCUCAGUCAUCCUUCCAACAUCCACAGUUACCCCAUCAACAUCCUCAGCUACCCCACGAACAUCAUCAGUAACACCCACGACACCUUCAGUGACCCCAACAAACCCUACCGUAAAAUGCAAUAACGUUGAAUACAAACUUAGAAAAUUAGGAUGUUGGUCUCAGAGAAGCAGCAACGACAUGCCGAGGGCAAUUCCAGAAUUACUGCUCACCGCACGAGACUCAAAAAGCAAAGUUUAUGCUGGAUAUCAAAUCGACACAACGAAUUAUGCUCAAUUUCUUAACGAAUUCAUCUGUGAUUGCAUUUCCAAAGUGGACACCAAAGGCUACUCCGUAUUUGGUCUUCAGUUUUAUGGCGAAUGUUGGAGUGGGCCUAGGGCGCAGUGUACGUACGAGAGAUAUGGCCAAUCAAAGAGCUGUAUGAACGAGAAGAAGAGCGCAUGUUCAGACAAGAGCUCUAUGCUCUGUUCAGGCGACAGUCCACGCAAUGUUUACGUAUUUGUACGGGCUGAUAAAGCGCUUCCUACGUGUCCAUCGAUUUCAACAGUAAGUACUCGCUCGACACCUCCUGCUCCUACGACCGCGCUUACAGUAUCCCCUACCACUCCUAAAACACCACCACCAUCACCCAGCCGGACUUCAACGGCGACGCCAUCAGUGACGGUACCGACGCCGACUCCAAACAUUCCGAUUGGUUUUGAGUGUAAGAAAGCCCUGGAUAUCGUGAUAGCCAUCGAUUCGUCCGGCAGUGUGAUGAAGGGACCUUACAACAGAAUCAAAACGUUCGUCAGCAAAACGACCACACGUUUCACAAGCUUCAAGCCAACGUAUUUUGGUCUAAUUCAUUACAACUACAGAGUCAUAAAAAGUGCGACGCUCAAAGAUCAGAUUCCGAACUCGAGGACGUUACGUAAUCGCAUUCGAGACAUGGGUUACCUGGAUAAGGCAACGCUGACGCAAGCUGCUCUGACGACAGCAGACAGGCUGUUCGUUGAAGGUGCAAGAAGUGACUCCGAUGUGCAAAAAAUACUUGUUCUGUUCACGGAUGGUAGAACGUAUGGCGGGAAGAAGACCUUGAGAGAACCAUUAAAGAAAUUACGCGAUAGCGGUGUUCGUGUAAUUGCUGUGGCCGUUGGCCGGAAGGAUUACCUGGACCGUUAUGCCUUAUUACUGAUCGCUAAGGACCAAUCCAACUUGCUCAUCAUACCAACCUUGGAAGAUCUGGGAAAAGUCGAUAGAUAUGUUGAUAAAGUUGCGUAUAUGAUUUGCCCGAAAUAACGAAAUUCCCAUGCAAGAGAAAUCCAGUUUGACGUGAGAGAUUCUUGAUUUAAAAAGACAUGAACACUUCCCGAGCUUGCUUUAUAGUGCAUGAAACAAUUUGAGAGCGAGGCAGGCCUGACGAAAAAUUCGCGAAAUGACUAUUGGAUUGGAAAUUUGUCGGCCUUAAAAAGAUUCUUAUAUUUCACAAAUUUAGUCCAUUUGUAAAUUAUAUUAUGGUAGGGAAUAUUAUAUGUGAUCUAUAGUCUACACUUAAUAAGAAUAUAGUUAAUGUAUUACUAGAUAGUGACAUAUUUAAAAAAUAAA